UUCUAACAGAAUCUCUGUUUCCAAACUGAUGUAUGCCAUAUAGUUUUCAUUAUGGAGAACUUUAUUUUAUAUGAAGAGAUUGGAAGAGGGAACAAGACUGUUGUUUAUAAAGGCAGAAGAAAAGGAACUAUUAAUUUUGUGGCCAUAUUGUGUACUGAUAAAUGUAAAAGAGCUGAAAUCACAAACUGGGUACGUCUAACUCAUGAAAUUAGACAUAAGAACAUAGUAACAUUUUAUGAAUGGUAUGAGACAAGCAACCAUCUCUGGCUUGUGGUGGAAUUGUGCACAGGUGGAUCAUUAGAAAUGUUAAUUGCUCAAGAUGAACAUCUACCUGAGAAUGUCAUCAGAGAAUUUGGUAUUGAUUUGGUUACUGGACUGCAUCAUAUACAUGAGCUUGGAAUUAUUUUCUGUGAUCUCACACCUAGGAAGAUUCUCUUGGAAGGACCUGGCACUUUGAAAUUCAGUAAUUUUUGCUUGGCUAGAGCAGAAGGUGAAAAUCUAGAAGAUUUUUUUGGUUUGAUUGGCACAGAAGAGGCAGGAGAUAAUAGUUCUGGAAGCACAAAAGAAAAUUUGAAAAAUAAAAUCAGAGGUUCAUUGCUAUACACUGCACCAGAAGUGAUUAAAGGAGCUGAUUUUUCUGUAGCCAGUGAUCUUUGGUGUUUGGGCUGCCUAUUGUAUGAAAUGUUUUCAGGAAGACCUCCUUUCAAUUCAGAAAACAUUGUUGAAUUAACAGAACACAUUUUACAUGAAGAUCCUGCCCCACCUAAACAGAAAGAAUCAGCACUUCUAAAACCCUCUUCAAACUUCCUUAAUCUGCUUGACUCUUUAUUUGAAAAGGAUCCUCAGAAAAGAUCAACUUGGACACAACUAUUAAAGCAUCCUUUUUGGCAAGAUGCCUUUAUCCAAACUUCCACUGAAUCUGUUUCCAGCCAAGAUACAAAUUGCAGUAAUGAAAAUGCCAAGAUCCCUGAAUCUGGGAAUUCUGAGAAAUGUUCUGAAAAUAAAAAAAUAUCAGAAUUUAUGUUCCCAGGAAUUGAGAACACCCUUUUUAAUAAAUCUUUCAAACUAGAAAGUCCAGAAGAAUUGCGUCCUAAAAGUGCUGUUGAUGGUGAAUCAAAUGAGUCCAUAUUUCUUCUCAGUUCUCAACCCAUCCCUAGAAUUAGCACUAUGGUUCUAUCUUCAAAUUCAGCACAGAGAACUUAUGAAACUCCUACAGCAAAGGUAAAAAGUGUACACUGCAGUCAGCAAUCUAUGGAAUCCAAAAUGAAAGAGCUGAUCUAUGCAGAAUCUGAUCUUUCUGUGACUCCUAUUAUUGACAAUCCAAAGAUAGUAAAACAAACACCAUUGAAAUUUGACACAAAAAGUUUACAUAUACCACCGUAUACAGCUGAGAAACUGAUAAUUCUGGAACAAACAGAAUGGAAUGACUUUAUGCAACAAGUGCUUCAUUUGAUCAGUUCCCCAGAGAAAACUACAGGAACCACCAGAAUUAAACUGAAUUUAUUGUGCUAUCUCUGCAGUGUUCUUAGCUAUAAUGGAGUAGCAACAAGAUUAAUUGAUACCCAGCUGUUCCCUGUACUGAUUCAACAAUUGCGGAUAGCUCCAAAUUGGGAUGUACGUGCUAGAUCAGCUCGAGCAAUUGGCUUACUGGCAUUGCAUACAUCUGAACUUAAAGAAAAUGUUCCAAUCCUUGAGGCAGUCACUGUCUUAACAGAACUGAUAAGAGAAAACUUCAGAAAUGGCAAACUAAAACAGUGUCUUUUACCUACUCUUGGAGAAUUGCUUUAUCUUGUGGCUAAGCAGGAUGGAAAAAAAGAGCAACAUGGAGAGUGCUGGGUUGUUCCUUCAGUUACUUAUACUAUGCUAAUACGAUGCCUUCGGGAAGGAGAAGAAUGUGUUAUAAAUCAUAUAGCAGCAAAAAUUGUUGAAAAUGUAUGUUCUACUAUCUCUCCUCAUGCUCAAGGAUUUAUUACUGGAGAAAUUGGACUAGUAUUGUGGUAUCUUUUUAUGCAUUCCACCAUAGAUUCUUUGAGAAUAACUGCUAUUUCAGCAUUGUGUAAAAUUACGCGGCACUCACCUAGUAUUUUCCAGAAUGUUAUUGAGAAGGUGGGAUUAAUAGCUGUGAUACAUUCACUUGCAACGGGAAUUUGCAGAGUUCAACAGUACAUGCUGACAAUGUUUUCUGCUUUGUUAUCAUGUGGUAUCCAUUUGCAGAGGCUGACUCAAGAAAAGGACCUUGUAUCUACAGUUAUUCGACUACUUGAAAGUCCUUCUACUGUAAUUAGAGCAAAAGCUUUUUUGGUGUUACUGCAAAUUUUAACUAAUAAUAAAGAGAUGCUACUCCUGAGUUGCCAAGCAAGAUUGGUGAUGUAUAUAGAAAGGGACAGCCAAAAAGCUACACCAGGAAAAGAGCAACAAAGCAGCAACGAAUACUUGUCAGGAUGCCUGGAUCUUCUCAUCUUUCACAUUGUGCAAGAGCUGCCAUUACUGCUAGGGGAAAUUCUUGCUGCUUUAGCCAAUGUAUCAGGACGCAAACAUCCAUCAACAGUUCAGGCCAAACAACUGAAAGGAUGUCUUCCAAUGAUGCCUGUGGUACUUCAUCUUGUGACAUCUCAGAUAUUUCGCCCUCAAGUUGUAACUGAAGAGUUUCUUUGCAGCUAUGGAACUUUGUUGAAUUUUAUCAAAUUGAUAGAUUCAGGUGAAACUAACUUGGAUGGAGCAAUAGGCCAAACAGCUUCGGAAGAACUGGUUAAGACUGUUUUAUUAAUAUUUGAAGCAAUAAUUCAACAUCCAGCAUUGCUGAUACUUUACUAUUCAACAAUUAUGGAUUAUGUCCUGCCACCUUUAAUUUAUUUGGUCUUCAGUCAAAAUGUGGAAUGGAGACUUUUCAGCUUGCGGUUGCUCACAGAAACUACUUCGCUUCUUCUAAGCCACAAGGUCGUCACUGAAGAGAAAGAGAAUCUUAACUCAAACAACAAACUUCUAUGCCUCAUUAGGAACUCAUUGUUGCCUCAAUUUGAACUGAUUUUAAUGGAACCUGACCCAUUGCCAGCUUAUGCACUGAAGCUGCUGAUUUCGAUUACAGAAUACAACCCUGCUUUUAUAGGGUUAGUUGAAGAAAUCCACCUUGUUCCAACAAUUUUUCAAGUUAUCCUGGAGCAUCAGGGUGCACUGUUGGGAAAUACAGUACAGAGUGCAGUUGCAGUCAUAAAUUAUUUGAUAUCGUAUAAAAAUGUGAACAUGGCAUUACUUUAUGAACAAGGACUAGUUCAUCAUAUAUGUAAUCUCCUAAUGGAAACGGCAGCUACGUGCUUGGAUGUUGAUGAUAAAAACAACAUGAAGACAACCAAUACUUUUAUUGUUUCCUUGCUCAAUAUAAUGCAUCGUAUGUUGACAUAUACAGCUAACAUUGUUCGCUUAACACUGCAGGCACAGAAAUCUGGCACUGGAGGGGACACUGAAACUGCUGAAGAUCUUCUCCUUAUCAAUAAAUCUCUGACUGACUUGUUUGGUUUGCUUAUUCAGUUGCUUCCUAGUCAGGAAAAUGACAUCUAUGAGAAUGCAUCACAGUGCUUGUCAUUGCUAGUUCAACUCUAUGGUGGGGAUGCUAUGGACAGCAUGUCACCUGAAGACAUGGAUAGUUUGGCUGAAGUACUGCAGUGCAAAAAGGAAGUAAAAGAUCAAAAGCUUUUAUUGAGAAUCAUUAAAAGAUUGGUAACUUCAAAUGAGAAACAUUGUGAAAGCCUGAGGAAUGAUGGGGGAAUUCUUGUGCAAAUGCUAGAGAAGUUGGCCCAGGCAUCCAGCAUCCAUCCUGAUAAAGCUAUUGCUUCCUUGGCUUCUGAAAUCCUCAGGAAAAUUGAUUAUUAGCAGCAUGCAUUCUGUUGUGCAUCUAUAUUUCUUUUGGAUUUUAAAUAAAAUUUAUUUUGUUUCAUUUAUUUCUCAUCUACAUUUUGAAGAUAAGGUGGUAGUGCUAACUGGAAUUAUGUAACAUAGCCCACAUGCUGCCUUUCAUGUGUAUGAUUUGGAUUUGUUAUUCUAACUCCUUGGAAGGAACAAGAAACAAAGAUAAAGUCAAGAAAUUCCAGUAACAGACGGCUGGAUUCUCCCUAGUCUAAUAGGAAAUUGUCACAAUGCAUCAUGCAGACAACAGUCUAUCUUUCUCUGCAAUAUUUACUGUUAGCUGAAUGCAUCCUGUAUUUAAAUCUUAGAAUCAAUAUUUAAGAUUUGAAACAUAAAUCAUUACAAUUUCAGUAACAUCAUGCUGAACAGUUGGGCACAAGUUAACUUUUUAAAUGAUGUUUAGGCUCAAUGUUAGACUUUUUUCUCAUGCAAGGCCUUUUGAUUUCAAUUUGAUUUAAAUUAAGUAUUGGAGGUGUACCU